UGAGAAAGUAAAUAAAGCUGUUAGCACCACUGAGAUGCAACCGACAUCUCUGGGUUUCCUUAAGUCGUGAAUGCUACAGGGCGUUAAGAGCAGAACUUAUAAGAUGUUCGGUCUAUCCUAUAUCUCGUUUGUGACCCAACAUUGUUUGGUUUCCUUUCGAAAAUGGCCGCAGUUUUAGAUGAAGUCGGCAAAUCUGCCGAAAAAUUGGUAGACGAGGAGAAGGACGAAAUCAUCGACGAAGAGGACGAAACUGGUGCGUUAGAGGCGUCGAAGAAGAAAAAAAAGAAGAAGAAGAAGAAGAAAGCUGGAGCUGGUGAAGCUAGUGCAGAUGUUCCGGAAGGAGAAGAUGAUAAAGCAAAGGAAAAUAUUACAGCUGGAGAAGAAGCUACUGCAGAGACAGCAGAGAAUGAUGGGGAUGGAGAUGAAAUUAAAAAGAAGAAGAAGAAGCGUAAGCCACGUGGGAAAGGAGGAGUUAAGCAGCAAACGGAUCCUCCGACUGUGCCUGUGUCAGAGUUAUUCCCUGAUGGGAAUUUCCCCAUAGGUCAGAUAAUGGAACAUCCUCCUGCUGCAGGGGUAGACGAUAGAAUGGCAAAAGAACGUUUCUCCAGUGAGGAAGCACGUACUUUUGAUAGAAUGAAUAAUGAUAUUUAUAACGAAGCUAGACAAGCAGCUGAAGCUCAUAGGCAGACAAGAAAGCAUAUUAUGAAUUGGAUAAAGCCUGGAAUGACAAUGAUAGAGAUCUGUAAUGAGCUGGAAAACACAGCUAGAAAGUUGAUAGGAGAGGAUGGUCUGAAAGCUGGAUUAGCUUUCCCCACUGGUUGCUCUAGAAAUCACUGUGCGGCUCACUACACCCCGAACGCUGGUGAUCCAACUGUCCUCGAAUACGAUGAUGUUACCAAGAUCGAUUUUGGUACACACAUUAAUGGACGGAUCAUUGAUUGUGCAUUUACCGUGACGUUCAAUCCGAAAUAUGAUAAGCUCAUCGAAGCUGUUCGCGACGCAACAAAUACAGGAAUCAUGGCUGCCGGGAUUGACGUUCAACUUUGCGAUGUCGGUGCUGCGAUUCAAGAGGUCAUGGAGUCGUACGAGAUCGAAUUGGGUGGGAAAACUUAUCCGAUAAAGUCCAUUAGAAAUCUGAAUGGACAUUCAAUUGCUCCGUAUCGUAUCCAUUCUGGGAAAACUGUACCGAUAGUUCGAGGUGGCGAGGCAACCAGAAUGGAGGAAAAUGAAUUCUACGCAAUUGAAACCUUCGGGUCUACUGGAAAGGGGAUCGUACACGACGACUUGGAUUGCUCUCAUUACAUGAAGAGUUUCGAUGCUGGUUUCGUUCCAUUGAGAUUACAGUGCAGCAAGUCCCUGCUUAACACAAUUAAUAAGCAUUUCGGUACUUUGGCUUUCUGUAAACGAUGGCUGGACCGGGUUGGGUGUACCAAGUACCAAAUGGCGUUGAAAGAUCUGUGCGACAAAGGUGCAGUCGACGCUUACCCACCGUUAGUUGACGUGAAGGGAUGUUACACUGCUCAAUUUGAGCACACCUUGGUCUUACGUCCAACGUGUAAAGAAGUCAUCUCACGCGGGGAUGACUAUUAAAAAGUAUCUGUUGUGAAAUCGCGUUGCAUAUACUCACACCUUCGGUCUAGGAAUGUACAAGUUGGUCUGUGUAAAAUCACUAACGAUAAAUGUUUAUGAUUAAUAACGCGAACUUCAAUUAUAUCACCUAAUGUUACUUCAUUCUCGGUUCCCUUUGCCUAUGUAUAAUUAACGGUCUUCUCUGCAACGCAUCGUUGCUCCCAUUAACACGCCUGUUUCUCUUCACCCUGAUUUAUUCACCAUUAUAAUACGAAUUAGCAUCAACGUCUCAACACUCUUCUCUGAACUUGUUGUUUAUUCCCCAUGGAUAAGCGAAGAUGAAAAAAGAUACUAUCGAUGUUGAAUAAAAUAUAUUUGAUACUUCAAUCAUACCGUUGCGAUAAUAGUCCUAAACAUGAUUAGUUCGCGUACGCCAUUAGGCAGAAUUUCUGUGUCUAAGGCUUGAAACUCGCGAGUAUUUCUCACGCUGUGUAAAAUAUUCGAAUGCACUUCACUAUACGGGCAAUUUUACACGCAUCUGUGCACAUAGGGUGAAUCACCUAAGAUUAUAACGUAAAAUAAUACCUCGGUUGUUUGUAGUGAGAUUUCAAAGGGGUCAGAGAUUUUAAAGUCAUUUAUAAUUUUUCAAAUGUAAUAACGAUCCCUUCGCGUAG